UGUCUUUAGACAUAAGUGAUGAAGUUUUAAUGAAGUUAAUUCCUGUUCUUUUCACAGAGAAAAAGAAAAAGCUGCUGUUUACUGUAAUAUCUCAAUGGAUGUGAAACAGGAGACCUGUGAUGUGGACGCAAAUAUCAUGGAGAAAACUGUAAAUAUUAAGGAGGAGGACGACUAUAAGUGGAAGUCCACCUACCUUAAACAAGAAAGUCUGAGCAUCAAGGAGGAGAACAGUGAACUGCAGCCAGUGAGCAUUAAAGAAGAAUCUGAAGAGAAGUCUGUCAGUAUUGAGAUACAUAACCAUACAAAUCUGGACAGUGUAAAAGAAGACAACCUUCAUGAUGGGUGUCAAGAUGGAGUGGUGACCAGGUUAGACUCUUCUCAUAGCAGACACUGUUCAUCUCCAGAGCCUUCUAUCAAUGUGAAAUCUGAAUCAUUAGAGUCUGAACCAAAGAGGGCUGAGGAAACUACAUCUGUUAGAGCUCAGAAAAAUAAGCGACCACCUUCAACGAAGUCUGGAAAAAGAAAGAAAAAUCACUGCAGUGUGGAAUGUGGCAGAGAAUUCUCUAACAGGAGUGCUCUUCAGAAACACAAGAGAGUUCACACCGGAGAGAAGACAUAUUGCUGUAAUGAAUGUGGCAAACAGUUUUCAUGUUUAAGCAGUCUGAAGGACCACACUAGAGUUCACACCGGAGAGAAGCCAUAUUGCUGUAAUGAAUGUGGUAAACAGUUUUCACAAAAAGGCAAUCUACAGAUACACACGAGAGUUCACACCGGAGAGAAGCCAUAUUGCUGUAAUGAAUGUGGUAAACAGUUUUCAUGUAUAAGCAGUCUGAAGAACCACACUAAAGUUCACACUGGAUUGAAGCCAUAUUGCUGUAAUGAAUGUGGUAAACAGUUUUCAUAUAUAAGCAGUCUGAAGAACCACACUAAAUUUCACACUGGAGUAAAGCCAUAUUGCUGUAAUCAAUGUGGUAAACAGUUUUCACGUAUGGGCAGUCUUCAGAAACACACGAGAAUUCACACCGGAGAGAAGCCAUAUUGCUGUAAUGAAUGUGGUAAACAGUUUUUACGUAUAAGCAGUCUGAAGAUCCACACGAGAGUUCACACCGGAGAGAAGCCAUAUUGCUGUAAUGAAUGUGGUAAACAGUUUUCAGAUAAGGGCAGUCUUCAGAGACAUACGAGAGUUCACACAGGAGAGAAGCCAUAUUGCUGUAAUCAAUGUGGUAAACAGUUUUCACAUGUAGGCAGUCUUCAGAAACACAGUAGAGUUCACACUGGAGAAAAGCCAUAUUGCUGUAAUGAAUGUGGCAAACAGUUUUCACAGAUGGAGCAUCUUCAGAGACACACAAGAGUUCACAACAGAAUAAAAACAGUAGCAGUUCAAAAAUCAGUCCAGAAAAACAAGAACUCUUUAGGACUCAAGAGUGAGGUUCAGUCGUGUCCUAAAAAGAAAGCAAACUAAACUAUUGUUGAGAAA